AAAGGCCCCGUUGGAGAGGCAGUAAAUACCUAACAGGCAGAGUCGACCACUGGAAGCCAAGCCAGCCCGUGGUGAGGCUGACGGAGGAAAUAGAAGAAAAGAAAAGGAUAUAUUAUCAAAAUUUGUGAGGAAAAGAGGUACAGAUUAAUACACCAAAAAAAGAGAGAAGAAAACCAAACAAAAUAGAAAAUACAGACAUAAGUGGGAAUCGAUCAAGACUAUUCCACGCCACGAACUUGACAAGACUUGCAGUGUGUAGUGGUGUUCCUGUGUUCCUGUGCUGGGACAAUUAAGGGAAGGAGGAGCUGUGGAGUGAUAGAAGGAAUAGAAGGUCACAAGAAGAGGAAGAGGCGACGGUGGAGUGUGGGGGUGAUUACGAUCUCCCCGUAGUUACAUCAGCUUCGUCCAUUGUCUGAUGAGAGAGGCAAGAUGGUGGCACAAUGUCAGCACUGUGGCUGUAAGGACAUUGACACAGACCCAGCCCGGGGAGAUGCAGUCUGCACCUCGUGUGGCACGGUGCUCUCAGAACACAACAUUGUUAGUGAAGUUCAGUUUCUGGAAAAUUCUCAUGGAGGAAGCUCUGCUGUGGGCCAGUUCGUUUCCUCGGACUCGGUCAGCAAGCGGCCUAUGUUCAGAGACUUCCGUGGCUCGUUUGCACGUGAGAGCAAAGAAAUCACACUGGGCAAUGCCAAGAAGAAGAUCAAUGCCCUCGCUCAGCAGCUGCGACUCAGCCAACACAAUUCAGAGAUGGCAUUUAAUUUUUUCAAGCUGGGACUCAGCAAAGGCCUGACUCGAGGGAGGAAGACGAACCAUGUGAUUGGGGCAUGUGUAUACAUCACUUGCCGCACAGAACAGACAGCACACAUGCUCAUUGAUGUAAGUGACGCCCUCCAGAUUGAUGUGUAUGAGCUGGGCCGCACCUACCUUCGGCUGUCCACAGCCCUGUGCAUCAACAUCCCGGCCAUGGACCCUUGCCUCUACAUCUGGAGGUUUGCCUAUAAGCUCUCCUUUGAAAAAAAGACGCAUGACGUUUCUGAGACGGCACUCCGGUUAGUGAAACGGAUGAAGCGAGACUGGAUGCACACUGGGCGGCGACCAUCAGGAGUGUGUGGGGCAGCACUGGUCAUUGCUGCUCGCCUGCACAACUUCAACCGCACAAUUAAUGAUGUAAUCAAGGUGGUAAAGGUACAUGAGUCAACACUGCGCAAGCGGCUCACUGAGUUUGGUGAGACACCUUCCAGUGCUCUCACACUUCAAGAGUUUAUGACAGUGGAUCUUGAUGAAGAGCAGGAUCCACCUGCAUUCAGGGCUGCUCGGAAGCAGGAGAGGGAGCGGGUGCAGAGGCUGCUGGACCAAGAUGGGUUGGAGACGGAGCUCACAGAGCUGCAGCAGGAGAUUGAAAAGCACCUGGAGGAGCGCAAGAAGAAGCUGCGUGGCAUCUGGGCCAAGUAUGACCGGGAGGAGGAGCCAGUUGAGGAGUCAGAGGAGGAGACUGUGGAAGCUCAAAAGUAUAUUACAAAAGUCACAUUGGAGACCAUAAAAAAAUGUAUGGAUGAUGGGCCUGAGGAUGUGAAGAAAGAGGAAGAGCCCCAGGGCAUUGGGCCUUCCGCAGCCAGCCUGGGACUGAAGGAGACCAUUGAGGAGUGCAUGGAGAUCCGGCCCAAUAACCCAGAGCCAGAAGACAGUGGUUUCUUAGAUCUGGUGGAUAUUGAUGACAAAGAGAUUGAUUCCUACAUCCUCGGGCCACGGGAAGUGAGGCUCAAGACUAACUUGUGGAUGACUCUGAACAAGGACUACCUGGAGGAGGUGAAAGUCAAAGAAGAGCGAGAGCGCAAGGAGGCAGAGGAGCGGGAGAAGGAAGGUAAACCACCCAAGAAGAAGAAGAAUUACACCAAGCGAUCCAAAAGCAACACUCCGGCCAACACGGCUGGUGAGGCCAUUGAAAAAAUGCUCCUAGAAAAGAGACUGUCAAGCAAGAUUAACUAUGAUGUCCUGCGCAGCCUCAAUGGAGAAGAGGAGCAAGAAGAACGAAACACCAAGGAAGAAAAACCCAGCCCUAAGGUGCUCAAAGCAGCUCCUGUGGAGACUCCAAAGGGGAUUUCCUCUGUCCUUCAUUCUUUGACUGGCAAGAGACCAAGGAAUUCCUCCAAGGAGGAUGAGGAGGGCAGUCCCUCCAAGAAGCUGGACACGAAGGUGAAACAGGAUCAGGAAGACACAAAGCAAAAGCAGCAGCAGGCUGAGGAGGAGGAGGAAGAGGUGGAGGAGGAAGAGGAAGAGGAGGAGGAAGCAGAAGAGGAGGAUGAAAGCAGUCUGUCAACAAUGCAACUUCUGCGCAUGAGGCGUGGUGAGAACCACGACCACGACGACUAUUAUGACGAUUACUGUGACUACUGAGGAGUGUGUGUCUGGCAUUGUUGUAGCAAAGUACAAAAUACAUUUAAGAUAUAGGUAUUUAUUAUUUUGUAUAGUUUCUUUCCUUUAUUCAUAUAUUUUUAGUAGCUAAUGUAAAUUGAUUUAGUUAUACAGAGAAGGAGAGUGCUGAGUUUAUGGUGAAAUAAUUUCACAUUGUUUGUUGUCUGUGAUUUCUGUAAAUUAUUCAUAUCAUCAAGUUUAGUGACAAGGUUUCUUUGUAGUUUAAAAUGAGAAAAGACUAGUAUGUUAUGUUUGCAUGUAGAAUACAGUUGGUGCGGGCUAAGCUGUGUACAAACAAUACCCCUGUCUCCUCCUUCUCAUCAGUGGUGCAGCUGACUACUGCUAGUAAAAGUUAUUGACUGUUCCAGACUCACACUUACAAUAUUCUCAGUCUUAUUAAUUUGUCUUAAUCUGAGCUGAUUUUCAGUAUAUGAAUAGAAUACGUAAUAAUAUCAAAGUAUUAAUCUCUGAAAAAAAACAAAACCGGUGGAUGCUUGGUGGAAAAGACACUGAUGUGAAGUGUGUGCCAAGAGUCAUAUUCAUAAAUUGAUUUACAUAAAUAUACAGUUUAUGAAAUUUACUAAAUUUUUUGAAGGGUUAACACAUUGAUAUAAUUUUUUUUUUAUUUAUACUUUAGAUAAUCGGCUUAAGGGAAAGAUUAUUUUGAAAAGGUGAUAGGAAAUUUUGUUAAUGGCAAGAACUUAAUGAGAGCACCAGUCAGCCAUUCAAGUGGCCGGGAGGAGGAGGUGUGAAGGGUAGCUUCUGAAUCAGCUCAGUCUGCUUUGACUGUUACACCACUUACUAUUCCAAACUUCCCAUGGCCAUUCAGAGAUUCUAAGAUGUAAUAUUUGGUGCAUUUGUACAGAAAUAUUAAGUAAUUAAAUUUUUGUACAUAUCGUUUGUUGUCCAAUAUGUUUUGUCUGCCAUUUUUGUAUUAGUACUUGUAAAGCUUUUCUGUGAUACAUUGUAAUGAGUGAUGCCUCACAGAGAAGCUUGAAGACUACUCCAUGCUGGCCAGGUCAUUUAUUUUGUUUUUUGGUCAUUCUUUAAACUUCUGGUUCUUCUUGUGAAAGAAAUCUUGGGUAGCAUGGAUUAGAUAACUGGAGAGAGAGAGAGAGAGAGAGAGAGAAUCACCAAAUCAUUGUUGGAACUUGAGCAAAUGAAUAUAAGUGAAUUACAAGUAA